UCCCGCCCGGAGUAUCUCCACCCGGGGUUCCGCAGCGGCAGGUCCGAUCGUGUCCGGCCGAGAUCCAGCGGGCGGAGCCGGGCCUGCCCGGGCGUGAAUAUCCCAGCGCUCUGCCCGCCCCCUUCUCGACCGCGCCUGUGCCGGCGCCGCCCUGUCCCCCGUCCCGGCGGAGAAGCACUGAGGCUCCUGCCCUCGGCCCUGCAGCCUCCUGUGGACUCACCACGGCACUCCGAGUCGCCAGGAUGUCGCUUUCUAAACCUCGGGGACGGACUCCGUAUGGCUCUUUAUCCUCGUAGGGCCGAAAGGCUAAUUAGUGGACGGAAAUGCCUCCUUUCCUUUAAUUCAGUCCAGUCCUGCCAACAUUUCUGAAGCGCCUCUGGGCCGGGCCGAGUUCUGCGUGCCGGGGUCGGAGAGACGGAGCCCACCUUGGUUCCCGCCCCGGAAGCUCGCGGGGUGCUUGGGGGAGACAAGUUACCCACGCAGGGAACUUGUAUUCGGGCAGCCUGGGCAGCAGGAAGCCGGUUGGGCCAGGUUGGGGAAGUAGUGACAGGUCGGAGAGGGCAGCGUGUACUCACUUUGAUCUCCUUACCAUAAACGAGUGAGAACUCCCCCAUCGGAAAGGAUUCUGAAAGAAAUGAAGAAAACCAUCAGAAAUGAAGUCAGUAGCCUCAAGGCCUUCUGUUGACCAGGCUGGAGUUUUGUUACUACACUUCUUUGGAAUGACGUCAGGAUUGUCCAUUGUCCAUCCAUAAAAAUCAGGAUGUCUGCUGAGGUCAUCCAUCAGGUCGAAGAGGCACUUGACGACGAGGAGAAGGAGAUGCUUCUUUUUUUGUGCCGGGAUGUUGCUGAAGAUGGGGCUCCGCUUAAUGUCAGGGAUCUUCUAGAUAUUUUAAGCGAGAGAGGAAAGCUGUCUGUUGUUGGCUUGGCUGAGCUGCUCUACAGAGUUAAGCGGUUUGACUUGCUCAAGCGGAUCUUGAAGAUGGACAAAACGGCGGUGGAGGCCCACCUGCUCAGGCACCCUCGGCUUGUUUCGGACUAUAGGGUGCUGAUGACGGAGAUUGGUGAGGAUUUGGAUAAAUCUGAUGUGUCCUCAUUAAUUUUCCUCAUGAGGGAUUAUAUGGGCCGAGGCAGGAUAGCCAAGGACAAGAGUUUCUUGGAUCUUGUGACUGAAUUGGAGAAACUAAAUCUGCUUGCUCCAGAUCAGUUGGAUUUAUUAGAAAAAUGCCUGAAGAACAUCCACAGAAUAGACCUGAAGACAAAAAUCCAGAAAUACAAGCAGUCUGCUCGAGGAGCGGGAACAAGUUAUGUAAAUGCUCUCCAGGCAUCUCUUCCAAACUUGAGUCUUAAGGAUCCUUCAUAUAACUUAAGGCUCCAGAAUGGGAGAAGCAAGGAACAGAGACUCAUUGUGGAACAACAUCACAUUCAAAGAGAACCAGUGAAGACUUCCAUUCAGGAAUCGGGAGUGUUUUUGCCUCAGCACAUACCAGAAGAGAGAUACAGGAUGCAGAGCAAGCCGCUGGGAAUCUGCCUGAUAAUUGAUUGUAUCGGCAAUGACACGGGGGCUCUUCGAGACACCUUCACUUCGCUGGGCUAUGAAGUCCAGCAUUUCCUGUAUCUGAGUGUGGACGGUAUAAUCCACAUUCUUCGCCGAGUUGCCCGGAUGCCCCAGCACCAAGACUACGACAGCUUCGUGUGUGUCCUGGUGAGCCGGGGGGGCUCCCAGAGCGUUUUUGGCGUGGAUCCGACGCACUCAGGCUUCCCCUUGGAUCAGAUCAGGAGGAUGUUCAUGGCAGACGCAUGCCCUUCUCUCUUGGGGAAGCCAAAGCUCUUUUUUAUUCAGAACUAUGUGGUGUCAGAGGGCCAGCUGGAGGACAGCAGCAACCUGGAGGUGGAUGGGCCAGCAGUGAAAAAUGUGGAUUCCAAGACAAGGCCGCCUGGGCCCUGUACGGUGCACCGAGAGGCUGACAUCCUGUGGAGCCUGUGCCGAGCCGACGUGUCCUUGCUGGAGCAGCCCAGCAGCCCCGCGUCGGUGUACCUGCAGUGUCUCUCCCAGAAACUGCGGCAAGAGAGAAGACGCCCCCUCCUGGAACUGCACAUCGAGCUCCACAGCUGCGUGUAUGAUUGGAACAGCAGAGUGUCUGCUAAGGAGAGGUACUACGUCUGGCUGCAGCACACUCUGAGAAAGAAGCUCAUCCUCUCUUGCAAAUGAAAAGACCACCGCCCUCCUUAGCCCUACAGUCUCCCUCCAUCACUAGCCAGAGUGGGGUUUGCAAGUGUGUAUGUGUGGUGUGGGUGAGAUGAGGUCCUGGCCAUGCUGAAGUGACCUGUGCGGAAUGCUUGGUGGGAAGGGGUGUUCAAACUACAGCUUCUGAGGUGGAGGUAUUGGCCCCUGUGUUGGGCCAGGUCAGUGUUGAGAAGGAAAUGGCUUGGAAACUUGAAAAACCAAGUCCUGGCUGACUUGGGCACCUCUGGAGUAUGUUGCCUUCCAUCGUAACAAUCAAGUAAACCAGAGCUAAAGAUAAGCACUUAGAGCGCUUGCAGUCAGAGAGUGAAUUAGCCUGUGGGUAUCCAUACUCCAUGUAGAAAGUGAAAUCAAAAUACAGAACAAUGAAAUCAGAACAUAACCACCACCUAUAAUCUCACCUACCAGAAACAACCACAGUCAACUAAAACUUUGUGUAUUGCCUUGCAAAGUUUUCGAUGUACACAAGAUCUGAAUGUCAGACAGGGUGGCUGUGUUAGUCUGUUCAGGCUGCUAUGACCAAGUACCAUAGACUGAACAGUUCUAGAGACUGGGAAGUUCAAGAGCAAGGUGCUGGCAGGCCUAGUGUCUGGUGAGGACCCGCUUCCGGUUUGCAGAUGGCCGUCUUCUCGUGUCCUCACAUGAGGAAGAGCAAAGACAGGAAGCGAGCUCUCUUGUGUCUCUUCUCCGAAGGGCACUAAUUCUGUUCAUGAGGGCCCCACCCUCGUGGGCUGAUCACCUCCUAAAGGCCUCACUUCCUAAGACCAUCACACUGGGGGUUAGGAUUUCAACCUAUGAGUUUUGGGGGUGGAGGGCACAAACAUUCAGUCCAUACAGUGGCUUUAUGAUUGGAGGUUGCUUGUCAAUCUAGGACUCAACUGGCAUUGUACAGCUCAUGAGGUAAACCUUUCUGGAAUUUGAUGGCAUGGCCUGAAAGGAUACCGUUGUUUAAAAUAUCUCUUGAAGGCUUUUUAAUUUAUUUAUUUUUGUAUUUUUUAAAGUUGGUUUUAAGUGGCGUGUGUCUCUGUGUAUGUUUGUGUGUGUUUUGCCAUGAUCACCGGAAGAAGGCUGCAGAGCAUGGAAGGAGCCAUUUUCCGACCAUUCAGAAGCGGUUAUCUCUACUUUACAAGUUCUUUUGCUAUUGUUGUGUUAAUGAGUGUGGGACUCCUGAGUGUGUCUUUGAAUUUCAUGUUCCUGAGGAGUGCCGGCAGGAAUGAUGUACACACCUGGACUCAUGGACCAGAACCCUGUGUUAGUCAUUACAGAGGAAAACUGUUUGAGAGCAAUCUGCGCACUUUUGUCUCUUUUGUUUGUCUUUGGAUUACAUUAUCUUUGUUAACACCAACCAUCAGUCAACCCCCAGGUCCCAAAGAGAAGGUGCUGAGUGUUUGCUUGUGUGUUUUGCUCACUGGCAAGGGGUGUGGGGUGGAGUAAAGAGGGGCUGUGGUUCCACGCUCAGGCUGACAAACAGGAGGGAUGAGGCCUUGCCGUCCUUGGCCACUUCACAGAACUGUCCGGAGGGUGAGAUGAGGGAGCCUGUGUGGUCACAUCCCACAGGAGGCUCUGGGGUGGCCUCGGUGCUGCCCAGUGAGUGUAGCUGUUGUUACUACACCACGCUCUCACGGGGGAGUUCUUUCGGAAAGGUUGAAGAAACCUUGAACAGCUGGUAGGAUCUUGGCAGGUUGAGAUGGAGCAGAGAAUAUGUUGCAGGAGAGGAAACAAUCAAGUGGAGGGACAAAUGGGAAAUACAAGUCGUGUUUUAGGAACCUGGGGCGUAAGUUCUAGCUGGCGUGGGUGAGCGUGAGCAGUGGUGGGUGGUAAGCCGGCAGAUGACUGUGGGUCAAGUGGGAAGAGCCUUGAGGGCCCCAUCUUUGUCAUUUAGUCACUUCUCAGGCAAGUAAGUUAUUUCCCUCACUUUAAUAGUGGAGUCUAUGACUCCUUCUUUGCCAUUUUUGUAUAUGAACAUUUGAUUACUAAAUGUUUGUCUUAUUCUUUUUCAUUGAGUAUAGUUUUUUAAUGAAAUGUUAAAGAGAAUUAUGUAUAGAUAAGAAUAUAAUGAAUCCCCUUAUGCCCACAAUCUAGCUUAAAUAAAAUGUUCUAAAAUAUAGAUGAAGACUCUUAAGAUACUAAUUUAAGUAAUAGUCCUAAAUAUGAGAGAGAGAAAUGCACUGAAUUGUUUCUGACCUAGUAAUAGCCCCAGACAGAAUUAGCCAAGUGCUCAGUAAUAGGGGCAUGGUUAGGAUGAGGUGUCCACUGUCGGCAAUUUUCUGUAGCCACUAAAAUUAUAUAUACAAACAAUAAGAGCUUACGUGGAGCUGUUCUUAGCCCAUUACAUGAACUACCUCAUUUAAUCCUCAGAAGAGCUCUGUGAGGUAGCGUUAUUGUCCUCAUUGCUAUUUCUUGUCAUUUCAUAGAUGGGGAGAGUGAGCAAAGUGAUGCUCAGCCCGGUAGCUCACCCGCGGUCUCCCCACACUCGCACGGAGACUCAAGCCGUGAAGGAAGC